AUGGUAGGGGCUUCCCAUGGGUUUGCGCUGGUAGCACCAGCCUCGAGGGGGCUAGGCCUCGCAUUCGCCCAGAAAUUGCUCACGAAAACUGAGCUCCCAGUCGUCGCAACAGCGCGCAAUGAUUGUGCUGAGGUUCGAGGCCGAAUUCUUAACGGCAACAAUAUGCCUUCCAAUGCGGAAAGGAGACUCCGCUUACUGAAAGUGGACGUGAAAGGUACUUGGGAUAACAUUUCGUUAUUGCAGCCCUUGAGGGAAAGCGGCUUACAAUUGAUGGCUACAGAUGAGUCCACGAUUUCGUCAAUGGCAGACAUAAUCCGGAGAGAUUAUCCAGACACACCGCUUCGUCUAGCAUUGACGGUCCCGGGAAUCCUCCACAUUGAAAAAUCGCCAUCACAAAUCGAUGCAGCAAGCGCAUUAGAGAGCUUUCAGGUUAAUGCCCUGGGCCCACUCUUGCUUAUGAAACACCUGUCUCAAUUUCUUCCAGCCAAGUCUGCACCUGAAUUCCAAAGGACAAGCAAAACAGAAGCAGACGGAGAAAGUCAACUCGAGCUACCAUCCCAUGCAGUGUAUGCGAUGAUGGCUGCACGGGUGGGUUCAGUCUCUGACAAUUCUUCCGGUGGUUGGUACUCUUAUCGUGCGAGCAAGGCCUCUGUAUUUCAACUGGCAAAGACCUUUGACUUGUACCUGCGAUCAAAGUCUGGAAAGAGGGCUUUAGCUGUUGCUCUACACCCCGGGACUGUUCGUACAGAUUUUACACAGGACUUUUGGAAGGGCAGAGAAAUGUUAGACCCGUUGGAUUCCGCGGAGCGGCUUUUGGAAUUCAUAAUCGGAAUGUCGCCAGAUGUUGAAGGAGGGAGAGGCAAGUGUUGGGAUUGGAAGGGAGAAGAAGUAUAUCCAUGA